GAAGGGAAAACGUUUCUUCGUCUGUUCACUGGUGUUCCAGCUCACGUGAAAUGUGUUUCGUAGCGCAAAGUGGAUUAAACAUAUAAAACAUUCAUUCUUUAUAUAUGUCUGUAAGUAGUUAAAAAAGUUAGAAGUUAAAACUUAUUUCCUAGCUACUUCUUCCGGUUUCGUGUUUUAUAUUGGCGUCAGCAAAUAUUUACAGCCCUGCAGUUGUUUGUGCUACAAGAGACUUUACUACGUUACUUUUAGAACCCAGAGGUCAGGUUUUUAACUAAUAGCUGGAAGUUUGUCAAAUAAUCCAAUGAUUUAUUAAAUCGAUUUUAUUUUAAGCCCAUCUCUUAUCUCAAAUAUAUAUUAAUCCUGAGAUGAUAAACGCAUUUAUUAGCAGUUUUGUAAAUAUGUUGUGUGACAAACACUGAACAUGGAUAGAGAUUUACUUAGACAGUGCGUUUCGUAUCAUGGCCAAAAUCUGCUGUCACUUUUAAAAUGUGAGCAGAGUGAAAAUCCAGACUUUAAACAUGUGACUGCAGAUCUCGCCAAAGCUCUAAACCAAAGCACGGAUAAAGAAGAUGAGAGUCCUGUUCUUGAACAGUUUAUAGCGAGGAAAGCAGAUCUUCUGUUUGCAUCAUCAUGGAAAUCCUCUAAACCAGCUGAGGAAUGGCAGGAGGAAUCAGGAGAGGCGUACGCUAUUAUGCCUCCAUUGGAGCAGUUCAUGGAGGUAUCAUAUGAGGAGAGGAGGGAGAUCUUCUACAGGGAUGUGGAGCGUGGAGACAUUGUUAUCGGAAGAAUCAAUUCAGUGCGAGACUUCGGUUUAUUCAUAACUCUACUUUGUACUGCUGGUGAACUGGAAAGGGAUAUUGAAGAUCUUGAGAUAAAGGCCCUCUGUCCAUUACGAGAUGUGCCAUCAACUGGAAACCAUGAUGAUCCUCUGUCUUACUACCAAAUUGGGGAUUUGAUUAGAGCUGGUGUAAAGGAUAUUGACCGCUAUCAUGAGAAGUUGACUCUCUCACUGUUCUCAUCCUCACUGGCUCCACACUUGGAAAAAGUGAAACUGGGUGUCAUAAGCAAAGAAGAUCUGCCUCUUCAUUACACUCGGGGUGAAAUGGUGCCCACGGAUAGCAAUGAGACUUAUGAGAAGCUUUUGGGACGAUCGCUCGGUUUUUCCAACCCUUUAAAUGUGGACUAUCUUUUGGGAAAGCUUGGAAUAGAUGAUACACAAACUCUUUCAUUAAUGAGGGGCUUACAAAGCAAACGCUUUAAGGAAGAUGAUUUUGCAACUGUUAUAAGGAAGAAGCAGUCUGUAUCCUGGGCCCUAAAAUGUGUAAAAUCUGGUGUCGAGCAUUUCAAAUCUGGUCGGUAUGUGGACGCAAUGAAUGAGUACAACAAAGCCUUAGAGAUUGACACUAAUAAUGUUGAGGCUCUUGUUGCACGUGGAGCACUAUAUGCAACCAAAGGAAGUUUGGUGAAAGCGAUUGAUGACUUUGACUUAGCUUUGGAAAACUGCCCGACGCACAGAAAUGCUAAGAAGUACCUCUGCCAGACACUAGUGGAGCGAGGCGGACAAGUUGAGGAGGAAGAAAAGUUGGUCACUGCUGAGGGUCUUUACAAGAGAGCCAUAGCAUUAGAUAACACAUUUCAAGAGGCAACAGAGGCUUUGGAGAAACUUCAGAUUAGGAUCCAGAAAUCACUGAAAUUGAAAGAACUGGAAGCUGCCAAAGAGCAGGAAAAUGCUAAGACCGUGGAGACGAGUGCAGAAAAAUUGCGUAAGAUCCUAAAAGAGGAGAAAAGAAUGAAGAGGAAAAGAAAAAGAUCAAGCUCCUCCUCUACAUCCUCAAGCUCAUCUUCGACCUCUGAGGAAGAGUCUCCCUCCACCCGACACAAGAAAUCAAAGAAACGAAAGCGCAAACGCAGGCAUUCAUCUCGCAGCAGUAAGAAACACAAGCGGAGAGUGUCGUCUUGUAGUGAUAAAACCGCAGAGGAUGAGUGGUUUCCUGCACCUGCUAACACCUCAGCUUCAUUUAUCAACCAGAAAUCCAUUACUAAUCUCAUCAGGGAAGGCGAACAGCCUUUUUCCAAAGGCCAGAAUGAGGACAGCGGAGGUAGGUUAGAGGGCAGCGCUACUGCUGGAAGCUCAGAUAGACUCAGCUGUCCCGGUUUAAACGGUGAGGUUAGAGAGCGGCACGUGGCCCGCAAGAUAUCGGAGGAAAGAUGGGAAUGUUCGAGCACCUCGAAACAAGCUGGAAACAGGAGGGAUUCCUCAUCUUCAUCUCGCUCAGAGCAUUCACACAGAUCUGAUAGGCAGUCAAAGGAAUUUUCCUCACAAGACAGGAGGUACAGUGAAUCGGAUAGAGGCAGGCUAGAGAGGAUAGAUAAAGAUGUGACAAAUAACCGAGAUAUCGUUGGCGGUAGGAAGAGUGAAGCCCAAAAUAAGUGUCUUCCUUCAAAUUUGUUAGAUAUUUUCAGUAAAAUCGCUGAAUUUGAGAGGGAAAAAAAGCAGAAAAAAUAAGAGUGUCUCUUUAGCAUUCAGUUAUGGGAAGAAGACUAAAAUACUAUUAGUAUUAAUAGUGUAUUUAAGCCACAAGUAAAGUGAUUUAAAAACUGUUUCAGUUUUUCCAAGUUAUUUUUUUAUAGUUUCUUGUAAGAUUUUGCUUUAUUUUUGUUAGCUUUGGGUAAAAGGAACAUUUCCUCUCAAAACUGCAACAAAACCAUGAGAAUCAGUUAUAUUCUGUGAUUGUAAUGAUUCCACAGUGUUAUCAAUUGCUUUCAUUGUCAUGUUGAUCUCCAAAUAAACAAAUGUAAUGCAUGUGA